AGUUGGGCCGGUGAAGUACAGCCAGUUCCGUUUGGCCUGUUCAGCGGUAGGGUGUUCAUGUGCGUCAACUUCCUUCUUUUCGCGAAAGGUUUUGAGAGUCGCGUCGUCGUGACUGGCGUAGCGCCGUCGAUCCUCAGCAUCUCUCUGCCUAGACGCGCGGUGCUAAUUAAUAAAGUUUUAAUUACGUCUCUGACUUUGGCGACCAGUGAAUGGAUGGCUGGCGCCCAAGAAGCAAAGAGUAAUAAUUAAUUAAAUAGGAAGCGUGCUCAUCUUUGUUUUUCUGUUUUUGUUCCUCUACUUACUCCUGGAGGGCUAAUUUUCUUCUUGUGCGAUGGUGGUCGCGUUCGUUUGGGGAAAAAAACUUUGAAGUCUUUCUGUUGUUUUGUGAUAUCUGUGAGUGGUUAUUACGUUAUUAGUUACACUUUAAAAGAAAUAGCUACUUGAUGGUGGUGGUGAUGGUGUGAAGCGGCGUUACCAUGGGGUUUUCGAUGGAUUACGUUGUUGUGUUUUUUCUAAUGGUCGUUUUCAUGGUGACCAGUACACGUGGACAGUAUCGUUCCCCCAGGAUAACGGAACAUCCAUCUGACAUAACAGUCGCCAAAAACGAACCUGUAACCCUCAAUUGCAAAGCCGAAGGUCGUCCAGAUCCGACGAUAGAGUGGUUCAAGGAUGGCGAACCUGUUCGCACGUCUCCCGUAGAUAAUAAGUCGCAUCGCGUGCUCUUACCUUCGGGUUCGCUUUUUUUCUUGAGAACUGUUAGCAGCAAAAAGGAACAGGACGGCGGGGUCUAUUGGUGUGUUGCCAGGAAUGUUGCCGGCUCAGCUGUAAGUCGGAACGCAACAUUACAGGUUGCCGUUCUACGUGAUGAAUUCCGGAUAAUGCCCUCGGACACUCGAGUGGCUGCUGGUGAAACGGCGUUGCUCCUCUGCGAUCCUCCCAAGGGUCAUCCGGAGCCAACAAUCAGUUGGAAAAAGGAUAAUGAAGACUUGGACAUUGACGGCAAACGAAUUCGUAUUGUAGACGGUGGUAAUCUUAUGAUAAGUGACGUUAGAGAGUACGAUGAAGGGCGUUACAAGUGUCUGGCUCAUAAUUUGGUAGGUUCCAGAGAAACCCCUCCAGCAACUCUCACAGUGCAUGUUAAGCCUUAUUUCAACAAAGAGCCUCAAGACAUAACAACUCUUGUUGGAGAGAAGGUUGUAUUUCAGUGUUCCGUCGAAGGAGAUCCCACUCCUGGUGUGCUCUGGCGAAGAGAAGAUGGUAAAAUGCCCGUUGGCAGAGCGAGAAUCUUGGACGACAAAUCGUUACUUAUCGACUCCGUUCAAACGUCUGACGAAGGUCUUUACAUUUGCGAAGCGGAAAACGUUGUUGGCUCUGUAAUUGCAAGAGCCACCCUUGUUGUGAAUUCCCCUCCCGUUUUUAUCGAGCGUCCUCAAGAUCAAAAGGUUGGAUUGAAUGGUGUUGCCGAGUUUCAUUGUGCCGCAACGGGCAAUCCACCACCGUCAGUUUUUUGGAGUAAAGAGGGUUCGCAGUUACUCAUGUUUCCGGACACGUCAUACGGUCAUAUGCACGUUAAUUCACAUGGAACUUUGCGUAUACAAGGCGUUCAGAGGGAAGACUCCGGAUAUCUGGUUUGUUCUGCUCUGAGCGUUGCGGGAUCGAAUAGCGUUAGAGCGUACCUUCAAGUAACAUCGGUCGCGGAUUCUCCUCCCCCAAUUAUUCAUAUUGGUCCUGCCAAUCAAACGUUACCUUUACAUAGCAUAGUAACAUUUUAUUGUAGAGCGUCUAGUCCAGAAGGAAACCCACCUAAAAUACGUUGGUUGAAAGACGGUAAUAUUUUAGACCCCAGAAAGUCCCCAGGAAGAUUAAGUAUCAAAUUCGAUGGUACUCUUGAUAUAGAUGAUCUUCAAGCGGAAGAUUCAGGUUUAUAUACUUGUUCUGCUAUUUCUGAGAGUGGAGAAAGUUCCUGGUCGGCAUCACUGAGUGUUGUUGAAGAUUUGUCGGUUCCUCUUCAUCGCAGUCCGGAUCCUUCAACGUUCCCUAAAGCUCCAGAAAGACCUCGAGUGCUUAACGCGACUGAAUCGAGUAUUACAUUAACGUGGGAAAGUGAUGAAGAAGAUCUGGGUUUAGUUGGUUAUACGGUCGAAUAUUGGAGCCCAGAUCUUCAAACUGGUUGGGUUGUGGCCGCCCAUCGUGUUCCUCGACAAUUUAUGGUAGUGCGUGAACUAAAACCGGACAGUUCGUAUGUUUUUAUCGUGCGUGCCGAAAACGCUCACGGUUUAUCACCCGCUAGUGCAAUUUCUAAUACGGCAAGAACAUUAGCCAAUUCCAGAACAGUGCCACGGUCUGAACUGGAUACUGCUAGAACGGUAUUGAGUGCAAAAGUGGUAGACCUUAUUGACGCUAAACCGUUGUCUUCCACGUCAAUCAAACUGACAUGGAAACAUAGUGCUCCUGAUUACGUCGAAGGACUUUAUAUACGUUUCCGGGAAAUAUCGGGCGGGUCACACAAUUACAACAUCUUAACAGUAUUGGACACUCUCAGUAAAAGUUAUUCGGUGACCAACUUGAAAAAGUUUACGAAAUACGAAUUCUUUAUCGCUCCCUUUUACAAAACGAUAGAAGGUCAGCCAUCAAACUCUCGGGUGGCUGAAACAUUGGAAGACAUUCCAUCUGCUCCGCCGGAGAGCAUCACUGCUGGGGUGUUCAACGAUAGUGCCGUGUGGAUUAAGUGGUUACCUCCUCCGCCUCAACACCAUAACGGUAUUAUUUCGGGUUACAAAUUACAAGUGAAGGGCAUCACUAUCCGAACACUUUCGUUGAAUGCAACGACUCACUCGGUCUUGAUUGGAAAUCUAUCUUAUGGGACUGUGUAUUCAGCAAAAAUUGCAGCAACGACGCAAAUGGGCUUGGGACCAUAUUCAAGUCCGAUACAACUAAUGACCUCUACCGGGGCUCAAAGUCCCAGGACGUUAGGUCCUUUGGUGCCUUUGAUGCGUCAAACAUGGUUUGUGGUGCUUCUGGCUGUGUUAGCGGUUUUACUUCUCGCAGGAGCUGGUGGUGUGUUAUAUAUGAAAAGACGGCAAACACUUAACAAACAAUUGGGCCAUUUAACUGUUCCAACCGUCAACGCCAAUCACAUCAACAAUAAGGAGAGUCUUUGGAUUGAUCGAGGCUGGAGAGCCAAUGAUACUGAUAAAGAUUCUUCUGUCCCUUUGGCUUCUCAGCCAGCUGAUUACGCUGAAGUUGAUACAAAGAACAUGCAAACGUUUUACAAUUGUAGAAAGUCCCCUGAUAAUCCAACCCCGUACGCUACGACAAUGUUGCUACCUCCACCAACAUGGUCUGAAAUUAUUCCUCCACCGCCGACACACCCUCCACCAGAUUGUCCCAGAGAAAGUCCUCCAGUUCCUCCUCCGAGAAGCGGAAGCAGCUGUGGAAACGGCGGAUAUUCCUAUUGCUCUGCUAGCAUAUUGAAUAAUUCGAACAACAGUCAAUGUUGCAACAAUAAAACACCACAGUACCAGAAGCCGUCUCCUGGUCAACAAUGGGACACUCAUAACAGCAGUUCUCUUGCAAGUGGUAGCAGCUCGGGGAAGAGAUCGUUUACAAGGGGUCACUAUCACCAUCCAAAAACCUGCGAGAACAAGUUGUGGGGUAACUGUAACUGGGAAGAUGGCGAUGCAGACGUUGAAACUGAACGGUCGUAUUCAAGUAGUCAUGAUACCACGUGCUCUUGUAGCGAAUCUUCGUGUUUGUAUGCUGAAGCCGGACCAUCCACUGCAUUUAGGGAACCACCACCUUGCCAGAUCAAGCAGUGCGUGAAGUGAAUGGGUAAUUUCUUUCCGCUAAAGGUGUAAAGUAACUCAAAUAAGUUUCAGCGCGUCAUCUAUACUAGUCGCUAGCAGUUAGUUACCUUAUGUGCGUAUAAAACUAAAAGACAAUUUAUUUCCUUGCAUGGGCGAUCUUGAACCAAAGCCACGCUUCACCUCUGUAUUCUUCGACUGAUUUAUUUCAUUAGCAAUAUUAGAUAACCUAAAUGAUUAUAUUGACGACUGUGAUCUAGUUAAGGGCGUACCACUUGUAAAUAUAAAUUAUUUGUUUGUAAAUACCUAAUUUGUUACUUCAACGAUGUUUGUGUAGUAUCUAUCGCAAGCCAACUAUUCGUAAUUAUAUUAUUACUAUUAUUAUAAGCGUUUUUAAU